GAUCCUAGGUACUAUGUAUAGGUGCAAUGGGGGCUGAAUUGCGCGUCAGGGUUGAUAUUGCGACACUACAACUCAGCCCUAGGUGCUAUAUCUAAUGUCCCUACCCGAGUCAGCAUGCGCGUAGGUUUCAAGUAGAAAUCCCGGCAUCGCUUUUCUUUGAUGACUAUCGCGUUAGAACUUUUAUUGGUGGCUAUGUACAAAACCUCAACGUGGGCGCUUUUGGAUUUUCUCAACCAGCCGACUCGUUAAAUCUACAGCAUUUCGUUGGAUGUUUUUCAGUCGGAUGAUCUACAUCGACCCGAUUAGGGUAGAGUUGUGAGGACGCGUGGUUCAUUUUCGAUUACAUGAAUAUGUCCCUAACCUCUUCGCACGUAACAUUCAGCAUAGACUGGCAGGCGCCAGCAUUUUCGACACUCAAUUUUGAUCCCCACAAUGAAACCAUCUGUAAAGCCGCUGGCGCGUGGAAGGCUGCAACCCUGAGCGUCUUCCAGGGGAAUCAGAACAUUAUCACCACUAACUAUGUCACGGAUUACCUGAAGGCUAUUCUGCCCUCUAAUGUGACGCGACCAAGCGACUGGGUGUUGAUACAUUGGUAUAAUGAUUAUAUCAUAAAGGAAGUUAUUACAGACGAUACGAAUUCUACGGUCCCAAUCAAUGGUUCGCUUGCAGAGAAAUUCAAUGCGUUUCCCCUUGUCAAUUGUACGACCGAUAUCUGCAAGAAUCUCGAUUGGAUCGGUGACCCGGACGUAUCAGGGCGAGGGAUGUUGAUUACAUAUUACAUUGCGGCCGGGCUCGUGACGAUAUAUCUAUGUGCACUCACGUUAACCGACACCGGUCUCUUCAGACAACAGUUCCCCACAGGAUCAAAGAGAGCUUGGAUACUUGCGGCUAUCGAGGAAUCUGCUAGCACGUUCCUGGAUGCAACGCUAAUAUUUGCCGUCUCGAUGCUUGCCGCUGCUUGUUUCCGAUUAUCUCAAGCUUACUUGCAGGAGUUUGGCCAUAUCAGUGGUCAUUGGAUGAUCUACGCUUCCAUCGGAUCCAUAUAUAUGUCGACGUUCUCAUCCUUACUCCCUUUACUGCUACAGCUAUCAGCGCACGGCGUGCGGCAUCACUGGCUUCGAGUUGUCAUGUGGACACUUGUCAUAUUGCUUGGCAUCGCUAACGAGAUCUUGUAUGAUUAUUUCUUCGGAAAGGUGAAGUUUCAUCUGUUUUCUCAGUUGAAGGAUAUGCUUGAAAAUAUCUGGCUGGGCGUGUGCAGCCCUCUCAAAUUGUUGAACUACGGCCUCGACCCGACUCUUCGCAUCGCCCAAAUUCUAUUGGUUCUUAAUGCAUUUUCCUACAUCAUAUGGAUGGCAUGUAAGGGAAGAACCGCAAACACCCAGAGAUCGCCAAGGCUUAGGCUGUUUCGGCAGAAAGCGGUUCGAUUCAUCAAGAUCUUGAAUAUGGCGGUCUGUUGUUUGUUGAUGUGGUCAAUGUUGGGACUUUUCCAUAUCUAUAGAGACAAGGUUAAUAAUACAGCUGGGAAGGAUAACCAGAAUUCGGACUGGACGUUCGGCCAAGUCCUCGCCGUUGCCACCUGGGUUCCUGUCCUGGUGGAGUUCGUUACCGUUCUCAAAUAUGGACCCGAGGAAGGACUCGGCAAGAAGAUUUCAAGGAAGUACACCAUCAUCCCGAAUAACUCUUUUGAUUACGACCAUAAUAAAGAGGAUUCGCAGUAUUUGAAAGUAAACCCUGGGCAUUCGAAUCUUUGAGUCGAUUUUGGUGAUGGGUAUCAUCGAGAAAGGAGGAAAACCACCUCACGAAUAAUACACAACUUUUGAAUAAACGGCAUCUAUGAUACUCCCGUGGAUUGUGCUUGAACUACUAAGAUUACGACCAAGUAAUCGGAUACCGUGAAUGUUUAGGGAAUAUUACCUGGGUACUAAGGUAU